AUGGCCGAGCGAUCUCUCCGGACUCCGGACCGCCGCGGUCGCCGCACGAGGGCACAGCAGCGGAGACUGCAGAGCAGGAAUCAGAUGAACUCUCUCCACUGGGCACGGGUAUGGCAGUCCGUCUGGGAUCAUCUCAACCUUGAUUUGGAUUUUCCUUUUGAUGAUGACAGGGCUGCAGAGCGUGCCCGUCAGCAACAACGACGCGAAGAGGCAAACCAGCGAGAGUUUCGAGUCUGGCAGCGUCGGUUCGAGGUUGCCGAGCAGCAGGGCGGUAGCAAUCGAUUCCGAGACACGGCUGCUCUCCUCGACCUCGAAGUUCCUCGGCCGUCACGUCCUCGUGUCCCACGGGAACCUACGCCGGAGCCCGAGUCUCUUGAAGAAAUGCGAGCAUGGAACGCUUUCGAGAGAGCUCGAGAGAUCGAAAACAACCCAAAUGCCGCGAGAAAGAGAAAGGAACCCACUUUGUCGCCGUCACCGGAGCCUAGCGAGCCCGAAAGAAAGUUGAAACGUCCGCGAACCCGCAGAGCCCAGGAUUUGGCGGCUCUGGCUACGCAGAAUGGAGAAUCCUCCCGAGCUGCUAGCGCCCAAGCCUCUGCUCGAAUCAAUGCCGAGGGUCCGGGCGAGCCGAGCUUCCUUCAAUCCCUUCUUAAGGAAGUAGAGGAUUCCUCAACUCCUCGCGGUGCUAAUUCGCAAGGCCCCUCGGCCCAAGUGUCAGUAGCACCAACCGAUCAUCCAUCCCCUGGGCCCUCAUCCCCAUCAAUAUCGCCUGCUCCCUCAAAUCACUCUUCUCCCCGACUAUCAUCUUCAACACCACCCCCGCAUUUUCGGAGCAGGCCGAUUUCUCCAAUCCAACUCGCGUCCCCCGCAGACCCGUCGUCUCCACCGUUUUCACCAGACGUAUCACCGGCUGGCGCUGUCAAUGGCACCAGGGAAGAUACACCACCACAACCUGCUGCCGGGCGGCCUCAGCGUCGUGUGCCAAGGGCAUGGUUGCAAUCAGUGGGUGCACGGUCUAACGAGAGUUCUCCAACCCGAACCAAACCGUCCUCGGCCGUCAAAUCUGACAUUCAAAAAAUAGUCGGAGCCGCACUCAAACCAUACUACCGCUCAAAAAUCAUUUCGAAGGAUGAGUUCACUGAUAUCAAUCGAAAUAUAUCUCGGAUGCUAUAUGAGCGUGUCGGGGGCAUUGGAAACCUCGAGGCGGGUACGAAGGCAAAUUUGGAAAGCACGGCAAAGGACGAAGUGGCGGGAGCCGUGGAUUCUCUCAAGCAGAAGCAGAGGAGCAUCAACGGUCAUGAGGAUAGUGCUUGA